AUGGCUAGAAGAUUAGUUCUUCAUCAAUUACACCCAAGAUCAGAACGAGCAUGGCAGUGGGCCACUGCCAUUCCAUUCUUGAUUGUGGUUUUUGCUUCUGCCUCCCUGAUGUCGAGUUUGGAGGAGCCACUUGGUCUUGACAAAUUGCCAAGCAUGAGUACAAUUGAUCGGAUACAGAGAUUUUCAUCUGGUGCUUGCCGACCUAUCGGAGAUGACAUGGGAAUGGGUAUCUGUUGGAUUCAAGGGGGGAGAAGUAGCUCAUCCAAUAGUUGCAAGGAAUAUGAUGAGGAUGCUAGAGACACGUACCCAUGGAGAAGGCAUAGGAAAAACACAUCCCAAAAUGGCUCCGUCAAUAGGAGGACAAUGAGUGCAGGCACGAAAAAAGUUGUAUCUGAAAAUUUUUGUGAUUCACAUUGUUCUCCAGGUCACGAAUACAAGACUAAGAGUACUAGUGACAAUAUACAACAUAUAACAAAUAAGUUUUUGAAAGAUAUACCAAAGUUUGUGAAGAUAGUAGAAGUUGGUCCAAGGGAUGGGCUUCAGAAUGAGAAGGAUAUGGUACCAACAUCUGUAAAGGUCGAAUUGAUCCAUAGACUAGUAUCUUCAGGAUUGCCUGUUGUUGAGGCUACCAGUUUUGUAUCACCUACACGGGUGCCUCAGUUGUCUGAUGCAGCCGAAGUGAUGGAAACCGUUCGUAAUUUGGAAGGGGCCAGAUUGCCAGUUUUAACACCUAAUUUGAAAGGUUUUCGAGCUGCUGUUGCAGCUGGAGCAAAAGAAGUGGCAGUCUUUGCAUCAGCCUCUGAAUCAUUUUCAAAAUCCAACAUCAAUUGUAGCAUUGAAGAAAGUCUUGAUCGUUACCGUGCUGUAACUUCUGCUGCAAAAGAGCUUGCAAUCCCUGUUCGAGGGUAUGUAUCAUGUGUAGUUGGUUGUCCCACAGAAGGAGCAAUUUCGCCAUCUAAAGUGGCUCAUGUGGCGAAAGAGCUCUAUGAGAUGGGUUGCUUCGAAAUUUCUCUUGGAGACACGAUUGGAGUUGCCACGCCUGGGACUGUUGUUUCCAUGCUUGAAGCUGUGAUGGCGGUCGUUCCAGUCGACAAGCUUGCAGUCCACUUCCAUGACACUUAUGGGCAAUCACUUCCAAAUAUUCUAGUAUCCCUCCAAAUGGGGAUUAGUACAAUCGAUUCCUCUGUUGCGGGUUUGGGUGGAUGUCCAUAUGCAAAAGGAGCUACAGGGAAUGUUGCAACUGAAGAUGUGGUAUACAUGCUCCAUGGACUCGGUAUAAAAACCAAUAUAGAUUUGGCAAAGGUCAUAUCUGCUGGGAAUUUCAUCAACAAACAUUUGGGGCGCCCAUCGGGUUCGAAGACUGCCAUUGCCUUGAAUCGAGUUGCAGCGGACGCUUCCAAGAUGUAACACAUCUUAUUACUCACGUACACCUUACAUUGAUCAAGUAAAGAAGGUUUUCACUUCAAGAAACUUUCUUAUAGUAAAUAUGCAAUCCUAUCUGCUGAAUACGUUUUAGCCAUAUACCGGAUCUCAAAUUAUAUAAUUAUCAUAAUAUCAAAUUUAUGGAUCUGAAUCCCCUCCAUAAUAUAAAGAAAAUUUAGUUGGUUCCUUUUGUAUCAAUGGUGUUUGAAUGAUUAAGAUAUUGUCGUGU